CCGGACGAGGAUCUCCCCGGCAUGGCAAAGAGAGAGAGGCAAAGGACGCCACAUUGUUUUCCAACGCAGUAGACGUCUAUGGGUGGAAGCCGGCGCCGCAACAAACGGACCCAGCCGCGUCAUCAAACAGACGAAGGGGCUCGUGGUGCUCCUGUGGAAUCGACCCACCAGAGGGAAUGUGCAGGGCCGUCUCAGCCGUCCACCCGGCAAGACGAAGGCACCCCUGUCAUUACAUACAGAAGGAAGGCCUGCACAACUGGUCCGUCUGCUGCCCACCAGAAAGACUAUGGUGCUUCUCAAGAGGCAGGCGCUGAAAACGUGAAGAACCGCAAAGGGAAUGCGUCAACCAGGACGACAAAAGCGGAGAAACGUCCACUGAAAAGAAAGCAGAUGGUCGAUGAGGGCGACUCCGGAGAGGACGCCGAAGAGGUUGCUCCAAGGGCUCCGUCGGAACAGACACAACCUUCCGCCGACACCCGUUAUGACGCCAUCGACACAACACGGUGCUUCUUCUUGGAGUUUGAUGAGGAUGGGUUUGCGAAGAAGAAUCGGGAACACAUUCAAGUGGAUAUAACGAAGAUCUUGCCAAUUCCUGAAGGUGACAUCCUCUUCAACCAUAGAACAUUGGACGAAACGUUUGUGCAGUCCAUAUAUGAUGCGAUCCAUUAUGCGGCUAAGGAAACCAACGGGAAGUGGGAUAUCAUGACUUUCAUCCUGGCUCCAAUUGUACCGAACGGGGACGGCUCUCAAGGUAGACGGAUCACACCGAAGGAAUUCGAUGUCGCCCUGGCUCUUACAUACCACUGGUAUGCUGUUGCUGGCCAGCACACGGCUGAGGCAAUGAACAGACUCAUUAAAUACAAGUCACCGGCCGAGAAAGUGUACGGCUUGAGGUCGUACUCUCACGUACGCGUUGUCUACUUUGACGAUGACAAUAAGAGAGGAUAUCCGUACGUCUCGACAUUCGACAACACGAGGGAGGAGUGUUCCAUCCCGAGAUACAAAAACGGCCUCACUGACGAUAAAUGGACCGAGGAACGCGACCACAUCCCUGACGACAAGGCGAGGAAGGUGCCGAGGCGUUUGGGCGGUCCUGAUGAGAUCCAUGGCGGGAACGGUGCGGGGCUGGAGGCAACCCAAGCCAUGUACAAGGAAACCUCAUUCCACCUCAAGUGUUUCAUCUACGAGGCGAUCGAUUGCUUGGACAACUUGAGAGAGGAGGUGAAUCGGAUAUCCUCCAAUGCUCGUCACAUCUUUUGGGAAGUGGGGAAAAGGAUUACCACGAUCCUGCCAUAUGAAAUCGAACUGAAGGGAGUGGUCACCGACAACAAGGAGGUUGUAGGUACAGCGAGGGGGAUGAAGAUACGGGCAAUCAUUCUUGAUAUGUCAACAUCACAAAAAUGUGUUCCGUGGGAUGAUGACGCAUUUUCUGAACUGCACGCUUUCCUCACGACAUGCUGUGGCGAAAACUGGGCCUUGAUCAUUUUCGCGCCGAUGAAGCACCAGAAACAGGUGAUGCAGAGUGUGUACAAGUGGGACGAUGUUGAGGUGCUCACUGGGUCAUGGUACAGACACUACACACCUUCGACAACCGUGAACAAGUACGACAACAUUGCAGUUCGGUACAUUGAUAUGAUGGCUAUUGUCCUCCACGUCGAGAACGACAAUUUGAACAAUAUAACGGUUGCGCCGAAAUUGCGAGCCGAAUUGACAAAUUUUAACAUUGAAGAGGGUGAGUUUGUGAGGUGCUCAGGGAAGUGUAUCGGCGUGGAGGGCGACACUGAUGCGGUUUAUUCUUGGAUGGAACGAGAGUCUGCAUGUCUCCGAAAGCUAUGCAGCUCAUUCAUCAGGGAGGAUGACGGCGUGAUGCUGCUGGGCAGGGCGCAUGCGGGACUGAUUUGGGAACUGGCUCGCGCCGGACACCACGUGUUUGCGUGUGACGACACGACAAAAGAGCUCACAUACCUUUUCAAGUUUUUGGACUUCUAUGUGAAGGAUCCGAGGAACAGAUGCAGGUUCGAAAAGCCCCAAGUCGAGCACCGCAAGGACCGGGACAUAUACUAUAAGCUCGGUAGAAAGAGGGAGAAAGUGUGGGCUUACUUGUUCGGUGACGCUCCACAGUCGGUGGUUGAUAACGAAUACGUCAUCAGGAAAAGCGAACUCGAGAUAGCAAUGAACGAGUACCACGGAUCGCACAUGGGUUCUUUCCACAUGUUCGUCGCACGUUGCCGGGACUAUGCAGACUUGGCACGUAAAGUCGGCAACUUCAACAACAUCGAUUGCGACGAAGACACGUCAGACUCCGACCUGGACGUCCCGUCGCGCGCGGCACGAGGUGCGGCGGAGGGAGCGCUUGGCGAGGAGCCGCAAGGGAGCACCAACGGACCUGCGGAGAAGGCGAGUUUGAGUAUGGGAGCAACACGUGCGAGUGAGGGAAAUGUGGAAACAAGAAUGACUGGAAGGGGAGAAAGGAAUGGUGUACCAACAAACCCGGUGGGUGUGAGUGAGGGGAUAGUUAACUCACAGGGCAACACAGGGGGAGGAGAGAAUGGGUGUGCAAUGGCCCCACCGACAGCUGGGCCAUCAUCGACGCAUGCACCGCAGGCCGAGCAACGGACACUCACGUCCAUGGACACCGAUGAAGACGAAGAGUUGGAUAUGACAGCACUCACGCCGAAGCUCGUGCCAGGAAGACCGUUGCCUCAAGGCUUUGCCCCAGACCCUUCAGUGCCAUACUUGCUGCAGGACAAGUACAAAGAGUCAUCGAAGGAGGAUUGGGGUCAUCAUAUUCUCUGGCAUGAGGAAAACGCCGGUGCAAGCGAGGAAGCUAUAGCGGCAAAGGCGAAAGCUUUGUUCGAGCAUCUGCGUGCGAACAAAAAGCUAAAAUUCAGCACAAAGUUCUACGACCUUGCAUCAAGUGUAUCGUACGGCUCCAUCAAUUGGAAAAUCGGACUGGCUUCAGCAGUACAAGGAAUCGAUAGCAUCAACUCUCUGAAGAUUCAGGACGUUAUCGCAUCUAACACCAUCAUUGCGAUUGCCAGAGGGGAUCCAGCCUGCGAAACGGACACACGUGCGAACGCAGGUCACGUGCAGGAUGAACAGCAGCGAGCAUGUGCUCAACAAAGCACUCCGAGAAGCGCAAUGAGGGAUUCCACAAUGAUACGCAAGGACGGCGACGACAUGGAGUCGGGCGCAUUGACAGAGCAGCGAACAGGGGGGGUCAAUGAUGGGACAACAAACGUUGGAUCUUUCAGGUCUCUUGUAGCUACAAUGACGGCGAGGCAAGGCAUAUCUGAGAUGAUGGAGACCGAUGCUGGCCAGGAUGAUGAAAGCCAGGCGGUGAAGGUGCCACAAGAGGAGGUGGCAGCAACAACAGAGCAGUCAACGAAAGGUGAGGGAUCCCGCGAACACAUUUCCAUAAUAGAUAUGACAUCGGAGAGUACGGGCGAGGAUAUGAUACAAGAGAAGGAACAAAACGAUGACAACAAUGCGCCAAGGGUUGAAGGUGACCACGAAAAGGACGUGCAACAACUGAGACGGUCGACGAGGAUAGUGAUUAAGAAAGUUGUGGUGGAUGCGUAGACAUUGCUUAGAUGGUCAUGGACGUUUACACGGUUCAGGUUAUAUAGAUGUGUUGCCGCAACUCAUUUUAUAAUGAAGACAUAUGAAAACA